AUGAGUGGAGAAUUGGAUUUUCGAGCAUUACUGCUCAAAAUACAAGAUCUUCUAUCCGACAAUGAUCGACAUCGUUUUCUUUUCCUUCUUGGCGAAGAUGUUCCCAGAUAUUUGCGCGAUGAUCCUUCACUUAGUGGAACACUUCGCGUACUGGAAUCUCUUUUUGAAAAGGCAAUAAUCAGCAAUCAAGAUUGUGAUUAUCUUAUUAAAGCAUUUAAGAAAAUACAUUGUAAUGAUGCUGCAAAACGACUUCAAGAAUAUCAGCUAGCAUUGGAACACUUUAGUCAACGAAGUUGUUCACUUCAAGAUAUUCUUUUAUUCGACAACGAUGAUGAGGAUAAGAUGCCCUCGGCUAGUUCGUAUCAAUAG